AUGUCUAAUCGACAACAAUCACGUGGACGUGGACGUGGGGGUGGCGGUGGUGGUGGUUUCGGAUUUGGAAAUCGUGGUGGUAAACGUGGGGGUGGACAAGAUCGAAGUCGAGGUAGUUUUCAAGGUAGAAAUCGAGGUGGUUUUCAAAGUGGAAAUCGAGGUGGUUUUCAAAGUGGAAAUCGAGGUGGUUUUCAAAAUGGAAAUCGUGGUGGUUUUCAAAGUGGAAAUCGUGGUGGUUUUCAGAGUGGAAAUCGUGGUGGAGGAAAAUUCGGCGAUAUAAAACGUGAAUUUAUGACAGAUAGUAUUUAUGUUGGUCAAUUACCUGGUGAUAUUAAAGAAAAUGAUUUGAAAAAACUUUUUCCAAAAGCAAAAAAUGUAACAUUAACUCCAGCUGAAGGAAACAGACCUGGUCAUGCUUUUCUUUCGUUUCCGGAUGAUGCUUCAGCAUCAGCUGCUGUUAAACAGGGAGCUAGUUUUAAAAAUACUCAACUUAAAGUAGCCUUUCAAACUAAACGAGCUGAACCACAAAAACGAUCGUCAAAUACCAAUGAUAAUUCAGGUCCAAAAGCGAAAAAACUCAAAAGUGAUACAUCUGAAGGAAAAGGUUUGGCAGCUAAUAAUAACAUGCAAAGAAAAGGAAAAAUAUCCGUCGACUCUGAUGAAGAUGAUGACGAUGAUGAUGAAUCUAUAGAUUUUGAUACCGAAGAUGAUUCAGAUGAUGAAUCGGAUGAAGAUGAUGAACAACAAAAAAAAAUUAAACAAACUGUUGCUAAAAUGGUUGGUGGAGGAAAAUCGGUACCUUCAAAAUCAGCAGCUGGUAAAAAAGUUGAAGAUGACGAUGAUGAAUCGGAUGACGAUGAUGAUGAUGACGACGACGACGAUGAUGAUGAAGAGGAUGAAGAUGAAAAACCAUCUAAAUUACAAAAAACUCCACCACUAUCAUCUAAACAACAGACUUCAACUAUCAUUCAAGCUAAAACAGAAGGCAAAUCACCACUUACUAAAUCACCUGUGAUCAAUAAUUCAUCUGAAAAGAAAAAAAAGCCUGAUCAAAAAACAGCUUCUGAUAUACCAACAUUAUCCAAGCCUCCAAAACGAUCAGUGGAUUUUGCUGAUAAAUCAAGUCCUCAAGCAAAAAAACUUAAGAUUGAUACUUCAACGCGUGGUAAAAAUAUUCCUGUAGUAAAUAAAAAUGUUUUGAAAGGGAAAGGAACUAAAUAUGAUGAGGAUAACGAUGAUGAUGAUGACGACGAUGACGACGAUGAUGACGAUGACGAUGAUGAUGAUGAUGAUGACGAUGAUGAAGAAGAACAAACAAUUAAGAAGCCUGUAGCUAAGCAAUCUGUUACUGGAAAACAAGUUAAACCUGUCCCCAAACAAUCAUUUUUCGAAGAAGAUGAUGAUGACGACGACGAUGAUGAUGAUGAUGAUGAUGAUGACGAUGACGAUGAUGAAGAAGAACAAACAAUUAAGAAGCCUGCCGUUAAGCCAUUUGCUACUGGAAAACAAGUUAAACCUGUCGUCAAACAAGCAUUUUUCGAAGAUGAUGAUGAUGAUGACGACGAAGAAGAACAAAUACCUAAGAAGUCUGUCAUUAAGCCACCUGUUACCGGAAAACAAACUAAAUCUACUGCUAAAACGCCAUCAUCUUCCGAAGAUGAUGAUGAUGACGAUGACGAUGAUGAAGAAGAAACACAGAAAAAGUCUGCCAUCAAACCAUCAUCUACUGGAAAACCAAUGAAAAAUGCUGUCAAAACAUCUUUUGCUCAAGAUGAUGAUGAUAGUGAUGAUGACGAUGACGACGACGAUGAUGAUGAUGACGAUGACGAUGAAUCAGACGACGAUGAUAAUGUAAAAGAACCAACAAAAUCUAUCUUCAAAUCAAAACCGUCUUCAAAACAAACCAAACCGCCACAAGCUUUUGAAGAUGAAGACGACGACGAUGAUGAUGAUGAUGAUGAUGAUGAUGAUGAUGAUGAUGACGAUGAUGAUGAUGAUGACGACGAAGAAGAAACUGCUUCGCCACCACUUAAAUCUGGAUUAAAGCAAUCAUCAUCAACUCCUACUACUCCGAAACAAAAUCAAACAUACAAAACGACAGCAUCUGAAUCUAAACCAACACCAGUACAAAAUAAACAAAAAGGUGGAAGUGAAGCAAUCAAGCAAGAAACUUCAACUAAACCACUUAAUAAAACUCAAUUGUAUAUAAAUUCAAUAAAAGAAAGUAUUACUGUAUCGGAUAUGAAAUCUCUCUAUCCAAACGCAAACUCAGUUAAAAUGCAAAAACGAAAAGUUGGUCCAAAUCAUAAAAUAAUGCAAAUUGCUUUUGUUACAUUUGAAAACGAAUCAGAUUGUAGUGAUGCAUUAAAAGCUCAUACACAUAUCGGUGGUGAAAAAGUUAAUAUAUUUUAUGCAUUUGCAAAACAAGAUAAACAAACAAAACCAACAGCUACUGAUUCAAAUAAAAAUUUGGAAAAGAAAAAACAAACAACACCAACAGAGAAUACAAAUAAAAAACAACAAACUAAACCAGAAAUGCAAACUUUAACUGAUUCAAUAUAUGUUGGUCAAUUACCUGAAAAUGUUGAAGAAUCUGAUUUAAAAAAACUUUUUCCAAAAUCAACUAAAAUCGAAUUAAUUCCAGCUAAAACAAAUAAGACAGGUGUUCGACCCGCUUUUGCUUUUGUUACUUUUCCUGAUGAUAAUUUAGCAGCUGCUGCUAUUAAACUUGGUUCAUCAUUAAAACUUAAAAAUACACAAUUAAAAGUUGCUUAUCGAACAAAACGAACAACACCAACCGCAAGUGACUAA